ACGCGCUGCAGGACAGAAAGAUGAAGACGAUGUCUCAGAUGCUCCUGAUGGGGGCGCUGUUUUGCCUCGUGCUGCUCCCAGGUCUGCUGGAUGCCUCUUCACUGAUGAAGCUCAUUAAACCACAAGCCCCUCAGGUGAAGGGUGACCUGGGGGAGGGGGAGGGGGAGGGGGAGGGGGUGUGGAUCUCCUCCUCUCAGGCUCAUGGUUUCCUGUCUCGCUCGCGCCGCAACGCUGGCAAGUGGCAUCGAAACGUCCCGGACUUCCAGGCGUAUUACCGGUACUACAACAGCAUCGGCCACAACGAGGGGCUCUACGAGAUUGAUCGGAUCCGGAUGCUGUACCAGCAGAUGCGUCACUUGGAGCAGGUCCACGGGCCCAACGCCCCGUACUACCAGCACACCCUGGGCCUGCCGCCCGCCAAGUGCGACCCUCAGAAAGACAGCGGGUGCAAGACUCCGCCCCCGGAGGCGCGGGCCCGGCCCCCCAGCACGGCCCUCCCCCCGGCCAGCCAGGCGGGGGUGCAGUACUUGUGUGACUCCCGCGACCCCCGCUGCCGACCCUACGUCGUGUACAGCGCCAGCCCCUUCCCCUGUGACCCCCGCUUCGACCCCGCCUGCGCAGCUCCCCCAAAACAAGAGAGGAAACCCCCUCCCCCAGCAGCCCCCAAACCCUAUAAGGCCAUGGAGUACGAUUGCGACCCCUACUGGGAUCCUGACUGCCUGCGAGAGACGCCCCUCAUGCUGACCAAGGGCAAAACGCACCCCCCUCCAGCCCCGGCCCCCCAGGUAGAGGAGGAGGAGGAGGAAGAGGCCCCAGCCCGGCCCCCUGACCCCGCCCCCCGCAAGAAGGGCCCGUAUUACACCGUGCAUGGGAGGCAUUACAGCUACGAUCCCUACGACCCCUACAGCUAUGUCUACCACCAGCAGCCCAGCCAGUGAAACAGCACCCCCGUGUGGCUGCAGAAGUGUACUGCGGAGAGAGGCGGGAGCCAGGCAGAACCAAGUUAUAAAAAAAAAAAAAAUUAGUUCAUUUAAAAUACAACGUUUAACUUCUUAAACAGAACCAUUUUACUUGCUGUUCUUGUUUUUGUUUUUUUGAUCAGGUGUUAAGAACUCCGGUAAAUGAAUUCCAAUGUUUUUUCUGUUUCCCAGAAUUCCCUGCUGUGCCGCGUUGAAACGUCUGUGAGAAAUUUGGAUGUAAAAUAAUAAAACAUAAAUAAAAUCUGCAAUGAAACAUUAA